CGCGCGCACUGGGGAAACUGGGGCUCGGCGCGCGCCUCCGCCCCGCCCGCGCCUCCGCCAGAUCUCCGCGUGAGUCUCCCGCUUCGUGGCCCGGCCAGCCUCGGGACGCCCCGGGGGCCAGAGGGGCCGUGGGAACCCGGCGGGCCGAAACUGCCCGCCCCCACGCUCGGCUCCUACUGCGGUCCCCCGACGCAGACCGGGAGCUCGAGGACGCUAAGUGUUCAGUUCCCCUUGACCUUGAGGACCCGGGAAGGCGCGCAGCCCGCGGGCGUGGGGAGGGCGCGAGGAGAACCCGACCUCGUCUCUGCAGUCAGUCCGCCUCUGGCCUCCAGGAGAAGGGAGGAUUUUUCAACUGCAAUAAACCUGUAAGCAGUUAGACCAGGUUCUCCUGAUGGAGUAGCGAACAGGCUCUGGAACUGGACCGGUUCCCGCAGGUCCAGGACAGCGUUGCCUCUACAGCCUUCGGUUAUAUGCACCAUGGCUAUGACUAGUGUCAGAUUGCCCACCAGUAUUUUAAGAAAACCAGAUGCCUGGAUUGGACUCUGGGGAGCGCUACGAGGGACACCUUCACACAAACUCUGUGCUUCCUGGAAUCGGUACUUCUAUUUUUCUAGUACCAAACUAAAUGCACCAAGUUAUAAAACACUUUUCCAUAACAUUUUCUCACUGAGACUCCCAGGACUUUUAAUAGCUCCAGAAUAUAUUUUCCCAUUUUCUAUAAGGCUCAAAAGUAAUAUAAGCUCUAAAAAAUCCACGAAAAAGACUCUGCAGAAAGUCGAAGCUGAAGAGGACUCUGAUGAAGAGAGUGAUGAUGAAGUGGAUGAGCAAGAAGAGGAGCUGGAGGAUGACCCCAGUGUGGUCAAAGACUAUAAAGACCUGGAGAAAGUAGUGCAGUCUUUUCGGUACGAUGUUAUCCUGAAGACAGGCCUAGAUAUUGGCAGAAACAAAGUGGAAGAUGCAUUCUACAAAGGUGAACUCAGGCUGAACGGGGAAAAAUUAUGGAAGAAAAGCAGAACGGUGAAAGUGGGAGAUACGUUGGAUCUCCUAAUUGGAGAAGAGAAGGAAACAGAAACAGUGGUAGUGAUGAGGAUUCUCCUGAAAAAAGUGUUUGAAGAGAAGACUGAAAGUGAAAAAUACAGAGUGGUCUUACGACGGUGGAAAAAGUUAAAAUUGCCUAAAAAGAGUGUGAUGAAAUAAAUGGAUUGCUUUUUAACGAUAAA